GCGGAGUUCUCUCCAAGUACUGAGAGCGUGAGCGCAAGAGGGCUCAGGGGGUGCGCUGUCGCUGGAGGGAAGACGCGACGCGGCUGAAGCUUGGGGGAGCGCGCGUGCGCCUUCGCCAGUUCUGCGCUGCAGGGGCCGCCGUGGGAGAGCCGGUGUGAGACCGACGUGCGGGCCGCGGGAAUGUUCCGAAAGGCCCGGCGAGUGAACGUGCGUAAGCGGAAUGACUCGGAGGAGGAGGAGCGAGAGCGCGAUGAGGAGCAGGAGCCGCCGCCGUUGCUGCCGCCGCCGGGCACCGGCGAAGAGCCGGGCCCCGGCGGCGGCGACAGGGCCCCCGGGGGGGAGUCGCUGCUGGGCCCGGGGCUGCCGCCUCCUGCCGCGCUGACCUCGGGCCCCGGGAUUGAAGCCGGGGGCUGCUUCCCGGGAGGCGCGGAGCCCGGUAACGGGCUGAAGCCGCGCAAGAGGCCACGAGAGAACAAAGAGGUGCCCCGGGCCAGCCUGCUCAGCUUCCAGGAUGAGGACGAAGAAAAUGAAGAAGUUUUCAAAGUGAAGAAAUCAAGUUAUAGCAAAAAGAUAGUAAAAUUGCUUAAGAAAGAAUAUAAAGAAGAUCUUGAAAAAUCGAAGAUCAAGACAGAAAUCAACUCAUCAGCUGACAACGAACCUCCUUUGGACAAAACAGGUCAUGUUAAGGACACCAGUCAAGAAGAUGGAGUUAUCAUCAGUGAACACGGGGAAGAUGAAAUGGAUAUGGAAAGCGAGAAGGAGGAAGAAAAGCCAAAGGCUGCCGGAGCCUUUUCAAAUGCUUUAUCUUCUUUGAAUGUUCUCCGUCCAGGAGAAAUUCCAGAUGCAGCUUUUAUACAUGCUGCAAGGAAAAAGCGUCAGAUGGCCCGGGAAUUGGGAGAUUUCACUCCUCAUGAUAGUGAGCCUGGUAAAGGCCGCCUUGUUAGAGAAGAUGAGAAUGAUGCCAGUGAUGAUGAAGAUGAUGAUGAGAAACGCCGUAUAGUCUUUUCUGUGAAAGAAAAAUCACAAAGACAGAAAAUCGCAGAGGAAAUAGGUAUUGAGGGGAGUGAUGAUGAUGCUUUAGUAACUGGAGAACAAGAUGAAGAGCUCAGCCGAUGGGAACAGGAGCAGAUAAGAAAAGGAAUUAAUAUCCCUCAGGUUCAAGCAAGUCAGCCCACUGAAGUGAACAUGUACUACCAGAACACUUACCAGACAAUGCCUUACGGUUCAUCCUAUGGCAUUCCUUACAGUUACACAGCCUACGGAUCAUCCGAUGCCAAAUCUCAAAAAACAGAUAAUACAGUCCCUUUCAAAACUCCCAGUAAUGAGAUGACUCCCGUUACUAUUGAUUUGGUAAAGAAACAGCUUAAAGACAGGUUGGACUCCAUGAAAGAACUGCACAAAACAAAUCGACAGCAGCAUGAGAAACAUCUGCAAAGCCGAGUGGACUCCACCAGGGCUAUUGAAAGAUUAGAAGGGUCUUCUGGGGGUAUUGGUGAACGGUAUAAAUUUUUGCAAGAAAUGCGAGGGUAUGUCCAAGACUUGCUUGAGUGUUUCAGUGAAAAGGUGCCACUGAUUAAUGAACUUGAAUCAGCAAUACAUCAGCUGUACAAACAGCGAGCUUCCCGCCUUGUCCAAAGACGACAAGAUGAUAUUAAAGAUGAAUCUUCGGAGUUUUCAAGCCAUUCAAAUAAAGCUCUGAUGGCACCAAAUCUUGAUUCCUUUGGACGAGAUCGGGCACUGUAUCAAGAGCAUGCAAAACGUCGGAUUGCAGAACGGGAGGCGAGAAGGACUCGUCGUAGACAAGCCAGAGAGCAAACCGGUAAGAUGGCAGAUCACCUUGAAGGCCUUUCCAGUGAUGAUGAAGAAACGUCUACAGAUAUUACAAAUUUCAAUCUGGAAAAAGAUCGCAUUUCAAAAGAGUCCAGCAAGGUUUUUGAAGAUGUCCUUGAAAGUUUCUGUUCAAUCGACUGUAUUAAAUCCCAGUUUGAAGCAUGGCGUUCAAAAUACUACACAUCCUACAAGGAUGCUUACAUCGGCCUUUGCUUGCCAAAGUUGUUCAAUCCCCUCAUAAGGCUGCAGCUUCUCACUUGGACUCCUCUUGAGGCAAAAUGUCGUGACUUUGAGAAUAUGCUGUGGUUUGAAUCUUUGCUGUUUUACGGUUGUGAAGAGCGAGAGCAAGAAAAAGAUGAUGUAGAUGUUGCACUGUUACCAACCAUUGUGGAAAAGGUGAUUCUCCCUAAACUAACAGUGAUAGCUGAAAAUAUGUGGGACCCCUUUUCUACAACACAGACUUCAAGAAUGGUUGGAGUUACCCUAAAAUUAGUGAAUGGAUAUCCUUCAGUAGUGAAUGCAGAAAACAAAAAUACACAGGUUUACCUAAAAGCGCUUCUAUUGAGAAUGAGGAGAACUUUAGAUGAUGAUGUAUUCAUGCCCUUGUAUCCCAAAAAUGUCUUGGAAAAUAAAAAUUCUGGGCCUUACUUGUUUUUUCAACGACAGUUUUGGUCUUCAGUUAAGCUCUUAGGGAAUUUUCUUCAAUGGUAUGGCAUUUUCUCAAACAAAACUCUUCAGGAAUUAUCAAUAGAUGGUUUAUUAAAUAGAUACAUUCUCAUGGCUUUUCAGAAUUCAGAAUAUGGCGAUGACAGCAUCAAAAAAGCCCAAAAUGUAAUCAGUUGUUUCCCCAAGCAGUGGUUCAUGAAUCUGAAAGGAGAAAGAACUAUUUCUCAGUUAGAAAACUUCUGUCGAUACCUUGUACACUUAGCAGAUACAAUUUACAGAAACAGUAUCGGGUGCUCUGAUGUGGAAAAAAGAAAUGCAAGGGAAAACAUAAAACAGAUAGUAAAACUCCUUGCAAGUGUUCGAGCUCUGGAUCACGCUAUAUCUAUUGCAAGUGACCACAAUGUGAAAGAAUUUAAGUCUUUGAUCGAAGGAAAAUAGAUCUAUGAGAUUGAAAAGAAGCCUAUUUGUUCUAAUACCAUUCCCAAUGUAAAAAUUUUGUAUAUAUGUAAAGUUUCUUAAACUGUAAAAUAUUGACUCUUGUUUUAAUACAAAGAACAUUAUUAAUAUUCAA